UGCGGCGAGCAGCCGCACGGCGGGGCGAGCCGAGCGCUGAGCUCACCUCCCGCUCCCUCCGCCUCCCCGCCCGCCUCCUCCCUCCCUUCUCCCUCCCUCCCUCCCUCCCUCCCGCGCCCAGCCUGCAGCCGGGAUCUCAGUAUUAUGGCAUCGAGGAGAAUGGAGACCAAACCCGUGAUAACGUGUCUGAAAACCCUCCUCAUCAUCUACUCCUUCGUCUUCUGGAUCACAGGUGUUAUCCUUCUCGCAGUCGGCGUCUGGGGCAAGCUCACUCUAGGCACGUACAUCUCUCUCAUCGCUGAGAACUCCACCAAUGCUCCCUACGUGCUCAUCGGAACGGGUACCACCAUCAUUGUCUUCGGGCUUUUCGGCUGCUUUGCCACUUGUCGUGGCAGCCCAUGGAUGCUGAAACUGUAUGCCAUGUUCUUGUCCCUGGUGUUCCUGGCUGAGCUAGUGGCUGGCAUUUCAGGGUUUGUGUUUCGCCACGAGAUCAAGGAUACCUUCCUUAGGACAUACACUGAAGCAAUCCAGAAUUACAACAAGAACGAUGAGCGGAGCCAUGCAGUGGAUAAUGUACAGGAAAGCCUGAGCUGCUGUGGCAUUCAGAGCUAUACCAACUGGAGCACCAGCCCUUACUUCUUCAAACAUGGCAUCCCUACAAGCUGUUGCAUGAACUCCAGUGACUGUAAUACUCAGGAUCUGCGCAAUAUGACCGUGGCUGCCACUAAAGUAAACCAGAAGGGCUGUUACGAUUUGGUGACCAGUUUUAUGGAGACAAAUAUGGGAAUUAUAGCUGGAGUUGCUUUUGGGAUUGCGUUCUCACAGUUGAUCGGGAUGCUGCUGGCGUGCUGCCUGUCCCGGUUUAUUACUGCUAACCAGUACGAGAUGGUGUAACAAGUCUUUCAGAAGCGCGACGUCCAGAGCCUGUCUCAGGACCAGGACCUGCAGCAGCACCCAAGAAAGACUGACACGAAUGUUAUAGCACACACCGUCUCUCGCACGCACGCACACCCCCCCACCACAAGCAAGCACGUGCGCGCGUGUGCGCGCUCGCCGCCCCCCCGAAUUCCCGACCUCUGCCCCCCGUGUAGUGUUACCACCAUCCUGUGAAGUCCCACCGUGCCGCCGAGAGCCGCCGGGACCGCUCGGCCUCCACACCCGACCUCCGUGCUGGCGGCCGGGUGGAGGACGCGGCGCCGUCCGUCUGCUCCUCGUCACGCAGUAGUUGCAUUGUAAGUUAACACAGGUAAUUAAUUCAUUAACAGCAUCGACCAGGCUGUGCAUGUAGUGACUGGAGGGCGCGAUUAGCCUUUCGCCAUGGUUAAUAAGUGUUGCACACGUUCAUAUAAGACCGGUAUAUGAAAUAUAUAUUCUUUUGGUUUUACCUUAAUUUCUUGGUUUGUUUAUUGCUUUACUAAGGUUUUCACCCUUUCCCCCUUCCCCGCACCUGCUCCCCGUCCCCAAAAACAAAAGGAAUCGGUAACAUAACAUAAAGAUACUUGAAAAUGAUGUUAAAAUGUUGUGCUUGAAGGGAAGCGUUGCUCCUGGUGUUCUUCUACAUCUUUGAUUCUUACUCAGUGUUGUAUGCCUAGUGCGUAUCCCGGUAGGCUUUGUCUAGUGCAUUUUGCCUCUGAACCUGAUCCUGUGUAAUACUGUUACUAAGCUGUGUUGUUGCUUACCGUGAAGGCAGUAAUUUUGCUUCCUUUAUUUUUAUUAGAUAGCUAUGAACUAACUGAACCGUGCUGUACUGCGGCCUUCAGAUUUUUUUUUCCCGUCCUUUCUUUUUCUUUCUUUUUGCAUUGAGGUUGCAGCCACCAAAUACGUUGUUGAAUCAAAUCAAAAUAAAAACAACAAAAAAAAUCACAAAAAAAAACAACAGGCAUAUGAAAUAUUUUUGGGGGAAAGCAAAAGUUUAAAACCUUUUUAAAAAAUAGGACUUUUUUAAUAAUGCCUCUGUCUAGCAUGCCAACGAGAAUGCAUUGAUAUUGUGAGUAUUUGUGAUAUACGUAUUAAUAAAUGGAACCAUUACAGAUUUCU